AUGGAGGUGCAAAAUACAGCCCACUUCUACCAAUUCCAACAGAUACCUGAUACCUUCCAGAAUGAUUUGUCGCUUGAAUGCUUAGGUGUUCAGGAUCUUAAUCUGUCAGUUCCACAACUUUCGACGGGUGAUGUAGGGCAAAAUAUGUUCGCCACAAAUUUUUGUACGAUUGACGUCGCAACCCCUCACAAUGUCAAUCAGGAAGGUUCACAGUCCCAGUCGUCUCCACCGAAUCAUCAUGCUUACAUGUUUUACAACAACACCCUGUCCCAAGAGCGAGCCACGCUGGUUCCCGGACCAAAGAUGGAGCGCAAUUCAUCGCAAAAUACUUCACUAGCACCUACCGCUGAUCACAAUAAUAAUCACCAUCACAUUGGUGAUGUUAAGGUGGAACGGGCACUGGAAUCCGGUGACUCGACCAAACAUACGGCUAAAACAUCUCCCCCUUCAUCCACUCAGACAGCCCUGUCCAACCUGGUAAAUCAGAAACCACCGGUCUACACCAAAUGGACUGAAAAGGAAGAUGAAUUAUUGCGCGCAGCGGUGAGCAUCUACGGGCCGCAUAAGUGGUCACUAGUAGCAACCAAUGUCCCGAAUAGAACACCGAUGCAAUGCUCGGCACGCUGGGUAGGCGCCCUGAAUCCCUCCAUCCUUAAAGGUCGUUGGACCGCCCAAGAAGAUUCCGCUCUCACCGAAGCGGUUCAGCAAUAUAUCAAUGCCGUCGACUCACAAAACAACCCCCAGCCAAUUCCAUGGAACAAAAUUUCGAAACGCAUCCCUCAAAGAACCGGAGCUCAGUGUCAAGCUCGAUGGACCGAGGCGUUGGACCCACGUAUCAAGAAAGGCAAAUGGUCACCCAAAGAAGAUGAAAUUCUAAAGGAGGGCGUUAGUACAUACGGACGCUGUUGGAUUCGUAUCGCGGAGAUGAUUGACGGCAGGACCCAGGUGAUUGAACGAAUAUGA